GUUAAUAUUACUAUGCCUCAUUUGUCAAAAGAUUAUAAAUCUGUUAUAUCUUCUCUAGAGGAAUUAAAAUUAUCAAGUUUUAAAUUAAACAAUAUUCACGAAAAACUUCAGGAAACCCAAGAUAUUCAUGUCAGGACUUUGGUGAAUUAUUCUUAUGUAAUCUUUGCAAUUGUAAUAAUAGUUUUUCUUAUCUUUUUAUACUGUAAAUGUUGUAAGAAAAAUCAAAAAUAUUCAGUUACUCCUUACACAUGUAGUUGUAGCAAGUUAGGAGGAUUUUGUUUAAAAAUAUUUAAUGUGCAGAAAAAUGAAAGACGAAGUUCACAUUUAGAUAUAGAACACGACGAAAGUCUUGAACUUCACUCUUUAGAAAAUGUUCCAGGUAGUUCGAGCGAACAUUCACAUUCAAAAAAUAAAAUAUUAGCUCCGAUCAAAAGUCGCCGAUCGACAUAUACUUAAAUGUAAAACAAACAAAUUGAAUUAAUUCUGUUUAACAGUAGUUUAUAACGUAGCAACAAUAAAAAGCAAUUUAGUAUUCGUUCAGCUUAGUUAUGUGAUAGAUUUAAGAUUUUUGUAUAAGCUUCACUCUUCUUCAGGGGGGAGGAAUGUUGUAAUCCAAUGUUUUAGUUUAUUUAAGUAUAAGUUCAUUUCGUAGAAUUCUUAUUUGUAUGUAUUUUUACUUGACUCAUCGCCCAAGGGCUAAGAAAGAACGUACAAACUUUUAGCUUUUGGUGCAAUAAAAAAGAGAAAUCGUGUAACACAACUACCCUUGCAGGUACUCUAACGGUACUUGUGACGUAGUUUCAAGCGUCCCUAUAUAAACCAAAGUGGCGCGUUUUUGAAGGAGAACAGUAAAGAAUCCUAUCCCAGUCGUUUAGAUUUCUAAUUCAUUUUUCCUAAUUCAUUAUUCUCUGAUUCAUAUUUUUAGUAUAGUGUUUAAUUUAAGUAGUAGAUAAUAUUUUUGUGUAAAAGUUAAUGUUAAUAAAAUAUAUUCGGAAAUUCGGUUGUUUAAAUAAGUGGUAUGCAGAUAAGCCUAGAUCCCUAAGCAUCGCUUACUGGGAUACAACAUUUAUGGUGGCAGCGGUGGGAUAUCUGCAACGUUAUACUGCUAACAAUUGAUUUCUACAUCAUCGUUCAUCAAUUAUCGUCUCAUCGUAUCACUGGUGGAUCAUCUACAUUGCCUUCCUAUCACUGGUUGAAUUCAAGAAACAAUCGUACCAAUCGUAGCCAGACAUCUUGAGAAUAAUCAUGAAUACCAUCUCAUCCGUUUUUGUCAUAAUUCUCCCAUUUCUUUCCCAUUUAUCUUUCGCAGAUGAAUUAUAUGAAAUUAAAACAAUAGAUCAUAAUCCUGGUAUCUAUUUCGAGAACGUAGCUAAUGCACAAUUUUUCAAUAAUGAAUGGAAACUUUUGACUUAUGUUGAUAUGCAGGUUUAUUUUGAAACUUUAGACAAAAUCGAGAACUAUAAUCAAAAAACCUCGAGAAUUUGCAGUGAAGUUAAAAGAACAAUAUCUUCUAAUUGCGAUAAGUACAUUGCAACUACCAGCGAAAUUAUACAGAAAAGUAAAGUCCAGAUCGGUGUUGUACAAGAAAUUACGGGUGCGAACGUUUUUCCUGUCAGAAAUAAGCGUGGUCUAUUUAACAUAAUUGGUAAAGCCGAAAAAUAUUUAUUUGGUACAGCUGAUUCUGAUGACGCACUGUAUUACGAUAAAACAAUUUCAGAAAUAGCUAAAAAUGAACGCGAAAUGCGCGAGCUUAUGUUGAAGCAAACAUCUGUUAUGCAGAGUACUGUACAUUCCGUAAAUCAGACAGUUAGUAAUAUUGUUCACAAUGAAUUAAUCUUUCAGAAAAAUUUAAAUGUCUUAGAAAACGUUUCAAAAUCCUUAUAUUCAGAAAUUUCAACUUCUGUUAAAAAUUUUGAUAUAGAAAUGAAUUUUUUAGAACAUGCAAAUUUAUUAUCAGAAAUAUUGAAUCACUAUCACAGUGACCUACAAAAUCUAAUAAAUGCAUUAACGAUUGCACGCAUUGGGCAAAUACAUCCUUUCAUCAUUUCCCCAUCCCAAUUAAUAUCCGAAAUUAAAAAGACACUUCCUUAUUUACCACCUGGGUUGCACUAUCCGAUUUUUCUCUCGAUGGAAAAUUAUCACCUUUUGCUGGACAUCGCCGAAUUGGACAUCGUCGUCGUCAGCAACAAGCUCAUAGUAGCUGUAAAGAUUCCUCUGGUGAAAGACGAAGAAUUUACCGUAUACAAGCUUCAUCCACUACCAACAAGGAUCAACUCUUCAACUGCAUACGUUUUUAUUCAACCAAGCACACCUUAUCUUGCAGUAGAUAAGACCAAACAACUGUUUAUUCGUAUUAGUGAUAGUGAACUAAAUCAGUGUAAAGUGUUAAAAUCGGAAAGACUGUGCAAACAAAAUCAACCUACUCGUUUAGUAAUAAACUCAGAAAUUUGUGAAAUUGGACUAUUUAGUUAUAGAUAUAAUAAUUAUAAAUCCUGUGACAUUAGAAUAAUAGAAUUAACUCACAACAUUUGGCAUCGCAUUACCAAUUCGAAUACUUGGUUAUAUGUAAUUGUGACAGAAAAAGAAACUAUAACUUUGAAUUGUGCAGACAGAAAAAGUCCGUUAGACGUACAUUUGAGCAAAACUGGCGCACUUACGCUUAAUUCAAAAUGUAUUGCUUAUGGUGUUGAUGUAAAACUGAUACCGUUUCAUUCAUAUGACAGUGAAACUGCCUUAAAACUUAAUUUUAUACCUUCAAUUGAUAUAUUAGAUGAAUGCUGCGAACAGGAGAUCAAAAGCGAGCAUGUUAAUAUUACUAUGCCUCAUUUGUCAAAAGAUUAUAAAUCUGUUAUAUCUUCUCUAGAGGAAUUAAAAUUAUCAAGUUUUAAAUUAAACAAUAUUCACGAAAAACUUCAGGAAACCCAAGAUAUUCAUGUCAGGACUUUGGUGAAUUAUUCUUAUGUAAUCUUUGCAAUUGUAAUAAUAGUUUUUCUUAUCUUUUUAUACUGUAAAUGUUGUAAGAAAAAUCAAAAAUAUUCAGUUACUCCUUACACAUGUAGUUGUAGCAAGUUAGGAGGAUUUUGUUUAAAAAUAUUUAAUGUGCAGAAAAAUGAAAGACGAAGUUCACAUUUAGAUAUAGAACACGACGAAAGUCUUGAACUUCACUCUUUAGAAAAUGUUCCAGGUAGUUCGAGCGAACAUUCACAUUCAAAAAAUAAAAUAUUAGCUCCGAUCAAAAGUCGCCGAUCGACAUAUACUUAAAUGUAAAACAAACAAAUUGAAUUAAUUCUGUUUAACAGUAGUUUAUAACGUAGCAACAAUAAAAAGCAAUUUAGUAUUCGUUCAGCUUAGUUAUGUGAUAGAUUUAAGAUUUUUGUAUAAGCUUCACUCUUCUUCAGGGGGGAGGAAUGUUGUAAUCCAAUGUUUUAGUUUAUUUAAGUAUAAGUUCAUUUCGUAGAAUUCUUAUUUGUAUGUAUUUUUACUUGACUCAUCGCCCAAGGGCUAAGAAAGAACGUACAAACUUUUAGCUUUUGGUGCAAUAAAAAAGAGAAAUCGUGUAACACAACUACCCUUGCAGGUACUCUAACGGUACUUGUGACGUAGUUUUAAGCGUCCCUAUAUAAACCAAAGUGGCGCGUUUUUGAAGGAGAACAGUAAAGAAUCCUAUCCCAGUCGUUUAGAUUUCUAAUUCAUUUUUCCUAAUUCAUUAUUCUCUGAUUCAUAUUUUUAGUAUAGUGUUUAAUUUAAGUAGUAGAUAAUAUUUUUGUGUAAAAGUUAAUGUUAAUAAAAUAUAUUCGGAAA